AUGAAUCAAGCCCAGGGCCAAUCUGAACAGUUUUAUCUUGCUGCCUAUAUCCCACCUCUUAGAGAUGGUCUGCCAAUUCCAGAUGAGAAUUCUAUUCGAGUUAAGCAAUUUCAAAAGUUGGUUUUCCAAGAAAAGAAGGUGGUUUUGGAUGAUUCAAUUAACGCACACAAGUUUGGUAUCGAUGGGGUUGUCUUGGCAAAUUCAAGUUUACAACUUGUCAAUGUCCCAAAUAUGUUUCUUAGAGUUGAUCAGAAGACUGGCCGUAUGAAGUUGUGUCCUAAUGGUAAAUCUUCUGUCGGUUUCAGUGUUCGUAAAGAUAAAUUGAAUUACAAUGGUCAAGACGCUUGGUCUGUUUGUAAUCCUGAAGGUGGUGAUUUUGGAUUUAUCUAUCCUGGCACCUUGAAAUCAAACGAUAAAUUUUGUAAGACGGGUGGAACUCAAAUUUUUGUCAGAACUGUUGGAAAGAAUGAUGCCAGUGGUGCCCUUCCAGAUUUCCCAUAA